GGACAUAUAUAAGAGAGCAGGUCGAAUUGAGACGACGUCUUGACCUUAGCUCACCAUCUUCGUAGCCAAGGUGCAGAACCAAGAUGCGUAAUUAUCUAACUUCGAUUCCUUUGUUCGCCCUACUUGUCUCUUCUAUCCCAGUUGCAGAGCACGACAAAAGGCAGAAUGCUGAAUUCGACUAUGUGAUCAUCGGUGGCGGUACAGCUGGUCUCACACUCGCCAACCGAUUGUCUGAAGACAGCACUGUUCAAGUCGCUGUGAUCGAGGCCGGCACCUUUUAUCAGGUUGCCAACCCAGCCCUGUCCUCUACCCCAGCUGGAGAUGUCAUCUGGGCAGGUUCUAGCCCUGCAGACCAAAAUCUUCUGGUCGACUGGAACUUCAUCACCACGCCUCAAGCAGGUGCCAACAACAGGCGGGUCAAGUAUUCCCGCGGCAAAUGCUUGGGUGGAAGCUCGGCUCGUAACUUCAUGAUCUACCAGCGUGGAGAUCGGGGCUCCUACCAGAAGUGGGCAGAUGAGGUCGGGGAUGACUCCUACACGUUCGAUAACCUCCUGCCCUACUUCAAGAAGUCUGUCAAAUUCACUCCACCCAACACCCGCCUGCGUGCCGCCAAUGCUUCGGCUGAGUACCGCGCAAGUGCCUUCGAUGCGAAUGGUGGUCCUUUGGAUGUCUCGUACGCCAACUAUGCAGGUCCAUUUUCAAGCUACAUGGAGGGAGGCAUGAACGGGAUUGGUAUCCCAACCAGGGACGACUUCAACUCGGGAGAUCUUCUUGGAGCUCAGUACUGCAGCUCAACCAUCACACCCGGUAACCAGAAGCGAGCAUCGAGCCAGACGACUUUCCUUGAAGCUGCGAAGAACCGCCCAAACCUCAAGGUCUACACCCUGACUCAAGCCAAGAAGAUCAUCUUCAACAGCGAGAAACGGGCCACUGGCGUCCAGAUCCCCGGAUUGUUCGGCUCAACUUCUGUCCUGACCGCCAGGAAAGAAGUCAUCCUCUCAGCCGGUGCCUUCCAGUCCCCUCAGCUACUCAUGGUCUCCGGCGUCGGUCCCGCCGAGCAACUGAACAAGUUCAGCAUCCCCGUUAUCGCCGACCGCCGCGGCGUAGGCAAGAACAUGCAGGACCACAUCUUCUUCGGCCCCACGUACCGCUACAAAGUCGAAACCUUCACCAAACUCGCAAACGACCUGCUCUACGUCGGCGCCCAGUUCGCCUUCGACUACAGCAUCUUCAAGCGCGGGCCCCUCACAAACCCCGUAUGCGACUAUCUCGGCUGGGAGAAGGCGCCCAGGGACCUGCUUUCGCCCGCCGCCGCCGCAGUGCUGGACCAGUUCCCCGCGUCGUGGCCGGACAUCGAGUACCUCUCUGCGCCCGGCUACAUCGGCGCCUUCUCCAACCUGCUCGCCACCCAGCCCAAAGACGGCUUCCAGUACGCGUCGAUCCUGGGCGCCCUCGUGGCCCCGCUGUCCCGCGGCUCCGUAACCCUGACCUCCGCCUCCGUCGACCAGCUCCCCGCCAUCGACCCGGGCUGGCUCACCGACCCGACCGACCAGUCCGUCGCGAUCGCAAUCUACAAGCGCGUGCGCCAGGCCUUCGCCACGGAUGCCAUGAAGCGCGGGCUCGCAGAUACGAGGGAAUACUUCCCGGGCCCGGGUGUGCAGUCCGACGCGCAGAUUCUGAGCACGAUUCGCAACACGCUGAUGACGGUGUGGCAUGCGAGUUGCACGUGCAAGAUGGGGAAGACGGAUGAUCCGGAUGCGGUGGUGGAUAGCAGGGCGAGGGUUAUCGGGGUGCAGGGGCUGAGGGUCGUGGAUGCGAGUUCGUUUGCGCUGUUGCCGCCGGGGCAUCCGCAGUCGACGGUUUAUGCGCUUGCGGAGAAGAUUGCUGAUGAUAUUAAGAAUGGACGUUAAACUAGGUUUUGGGGAUUUCGGAUUUGGACAGGAGAGGAUGAAGUUCGAUUCUUAGUAUAUUUUAUCUUUGCAAAUGUAUCACUGUUGACAGAAAAACACUAUAAGAAAA